AUGCCGCAUUGCUACCAAGGGAAACAUGACUUGGAGUCCAUCCUCUACACCUUGAUCUACGUGCUGGCCGUCUUCAAAGGCCCACGCAAUCUCCGUGUCCAGCAGGAUUACGACUUAUCGCGGAGCAGCCCCUCUGUCUUCGAAUGGUUUGAUUACAAGAGGAUUCAACAAAGCUUGAGAUAUGUGGCGCGCAGUAAGAUGGGUCAUUUUCAUGACUUUGACAAUGCUAUUCUCAACAAAAUGGACCCUUACUUCCACUCACUCAAGCCGUUCCUUCGGUCUCUCCUCGUCGCCGCCUUCCCCACUCGGGAUUAUCGGUACUGGAUGAUCAAACUGUCCGAUGAUCAGUACCAUGUGCUGAAGCGUUUGGAGGCGAACCAAGAGAAGUUUUGGGCGGAUCAGAAUAGACGAAAGGCGAAGAAGAUGCGUUUAAACUAA